AACCGGACGGCGAUCUCUACGGAGGUGGUAGAAGUUAUCGAUCGAUGUAUCAGAAGAGAUGAAAACUACGAAUGAGUUGGCCGGAGAAUGCGAGAGAUUGAAAUCGGCUCUAUUACAGUGUCACAAGAGAAUACCUUCCGGCCACGCCAGAGAUUCCGGUUGUCGCCAUCUCAAUCGAUCGCUAGCGGAGUGCCUCGUCUCCAUUGCUUGCCCUAACGAAGUCGAUGCUGUUCGGACCCUUUGUUCCAGUUCCGGCACCGCUCUCAAGAGAUCUCAGUGCCAGCAAGCCCGAUUAUCUCUCUCCGUCUGUCUUUCAUCUCAUCAAUCCUGACUCAAUUCGAUAUCCUAGGUUUGGUUUGAUACUGAAACCCUAGGUUCGAUACUCUUAUUGACAUAAUUGACUCGAUCAAAGUUUU